CCCUAACCGUCUUUCCUUCUUUUCCUUCUCUUCUGCUCCUCAGCCUCCCCCUCUCUCUCCUCUUCUCUUUAUCUCUCUAGUAACACCAAGAAUAAAGUAAGAGUUUUCCUUGGCUAUAUAUAUAUAUAGAUAUAGAAAUAUAUAGCUUAGUUUCAUAUAUAUAUAUAUAUAGUGGAGUAUAUAUAUAGAUAGAGAGAGAGUAGCGGGGAAGAUGCAAUCGAACGGCUCUGAUUCGACGCAGCAGGAGCAGAAUCAAAAGCAGCCGACGGCGGCGGCGCCGCCUCAGUGGAUGGCGAUGCAGUAUCCGGCGACGGCGAUGGUAAUGCAGCACCAGAUGAUGCCGCCGCCGCCGCAUCAUCAGCACUACGCGGCUCCGCCGCCGCCGCAGCACUACAUGGCGGCGGCGUACCACCACCCCUACCACCACGGCCACCAGCAGCAGCAGCAGCAGACGGGAUCUGGUGGCGGCGCCGAUAACAAGACUCUCUGGGUCGGCGAUUUGCAUCACUGGAUGGACGAGAAUUACCUCCACUCCUGUUUCGCUAACACGGGAGAGAUUGCUUCCAUCAAGAUUAUUCGCAAUAAGCAAACUGGUUUGUCCGAGGGCUAUGGAUUUGUGGAAUUCUUUUCACAUGCAACGGCUGAUACAGUUCUGCAGAGUUAUAGUGCCAUGCCAAUGCCUAACAUAGACCAGCCCUUCCGUCUGAACUGGGCGUCAUUUAGCACCGGGGAAAAGCGCUCAGAUAAUAACGCUUCCGAUCUUUCGAUAUUUGUAGGAGAUUUAGCUGCAGAUGUUACAGAUAGUUUAUUGCUUGAAACUUUUUCCAGUAAAUUUCCAUCUGUUAAAGCUGCAAAAGUUGUCUUUGAUGCCAGUACUGGCCGUUCAAAGGGUUAUGGUUUUGUGAGGUUUGGAGAUGAUAAUGAAAGGUCACAAGCCAUGUCUGAAAUGAAUGGUGUUUAUUGUUCAAGCAGGCCCAUGCGCAUCGGUGCUGCGACUCCUAGGAAGUCAUCUGGAUAUCACAAUGGAGGGUAUGCAUCAAAUGGUGCAUCAACACAAGGCUUCCAAUCUGAUGGAGAUUCUUCAAACACAACAAUAUUUGUCGGAGGACUUGACCCUAGUGUUAUUGAUGAAGAUCUAAGGCAGCCUUUCUCUCAGUACGGUGAGAUUGUCUCUGUAAAAAUCCCAACUGGAAAAGGGUGUGGAUUUGUGCAAUUUGCCAAUAGAAAUAAUGCAGAGGAGGCAUUGCAAAAGCUGAAUGGAACAGUAAUUGGCAAGCAAACAGUGCGCCUUUCAUGGGGACGCAAUCCCGCAAAUAAGCAGUACAGAGGUGAUUUUGGCAACCAAUGGGGUGGGGCUUACUAUGGAGGACAAGUUUACGAUGGAUAUGGAUAUGCUCUGCCACCACCUCAUGAUCCAAGCAUGUAUGCUGCGUCAUAUGGAGCUUAUCCCCUGUAUGGAAGCCAUCAGCAACAAGUGAACUGAUCGAAUAUGCCGUGUUAUGGCAGCCUACGGCGAACGAGUGAAAUGUAGCAGUGUGAUUUGUCCGAGCUUUGGAUUCGAUCAAGGAGUAGUUCUAGUAGUUUGGUAAUCAAAUUAUAUCACAAGUCUUAGAGUCUGCAAUUAUCUGUCACGACUUGCUUGGUGCUGUAGAAGGAAUCCUUAUUAAUAUUCCCUCCUGACAAGGAGUGGACUGAAUUUUGUCAAAGUUAGGUAGCAUUAGAUAAGGAUUUGGUCAAUAAUCUUAGCUUAGGCUCUUUGGAUUUGAAGACAAAAUUUAUUGGAAUGCAUGGCCUCUGAGAAUAUUGUUUGUGGCAACA